AUGGCGUCGCCUAGGUUUAUUCUUCUGCUGAUCGCAGCUCUCUGCAUAAUGACUGGUUGUAAGGCAGGACCUCUAGGGCAUCUACCAAACGUAACCAGUCUGGACCUCGGUCUGAAAGAAGGUGGAUGCGCUUUGGGAGAUGUAGUAUACAUGCCUGGUGACGAGUUCCCCGGGGAGAACGCAUGCGAACGCUGCACGUGUACCGGGGGAGGGGUGCAGUGCGCCAAGCAGCGUUGUGAGCCGCGGCCUGGCUGCAAGGCACUUCACCGUCCUGAUCACUGCUGCCCUACCUACCAGUGCGAAUGCGAGCAAGAAGGCCGCGUGUACGGCAAUGGUGAGAAGCUGGUAGACCCGGCAGAUCCGUGCCGUGUGUGCUACUGCCAGGGUGGGGAGGUGGUGUGCCGGCGCAUCGCGUGCUUCGUGCGGGACGACUGCACGCCGCGUCACGUGCCAGGCCGCUGCUGCCCUGAGUACGACAACUGUCCACUCCGAGGUGUAUCAACGAUUACCGGUCAAGCGCCUGCAAUAUCAAACAUUCCCACGUUUGAAGAAAUUAACACUAGUGUUGUGCCAAUUUCAUUAAAAGAACCCGUUAAACAAGAAAUCACUAUAAAGGAAAUCACCCCCGUCUCUGAGAUCCCAGUUAUCACUGAAGUAAAAAUAAAGGAGAUUAUACCUUCACCUAGUAUUGAAGUUGCCGAAUAUUCUUCAUCCAAGUCUCCACUUAUCCCACGAGAGGUCACGUCUGAGAAGGCACAAACUAGUAAAUCCGUUAUAAAACUAGAAUCAACUGAAAUGCGAAAUGAUCAGUCUCCGUUAUCUUCUGAUUCUUCACUUUCCACGGAAACAUCUAAAAUAACCAGUGAAGACACUAUUUUAAAGAGCACAAACGACCCUCCAUCCAAAAUAAGCUUUCCAACACAGGACUCUAUAAAUAGUAAUAAUAUUUAUACCUCUAAUAUACCCGGUUCAGCAGCCACAAUAGGAUCGCCGUCAUUGACUCUAAAUGUGAUAUCAGUACCUUCUAGUAAAGCUUCCAUGGUUGAGGAAGAAGAUUCUUCCAUAUUUGAUCAUAAUCCAGCUUUUCCGCCACUACCUGAUGACCUAUCCGUUUUAGGUAACCAUGAAGAUGAAAUUCUUACUGAACAAAAUAUGGACAAUGAGCAUGUAUCUGGAACCCAUGAAACUGUAAUCGUAGCAAGUACUCUAACCACUUCUACAGAAUCGGCUAAAGCGGAAGAAGCAGCGACGACUUCAUCAAGCUAUAUGUCCGAAGCAACAUCAGUAUCAUGGGACAAUUCGCAAGAUAUGUCUUUCGACAUGAGUUCAACUAAAUCAGAAUAUGUUGGAACAGUAACACCAAAAUCAAGAGAGAAUUCGAUGUUAAAUUUACGGUCAGUUAUGCCUACAGAGAUGCUAAACGUUUUAACUCAUGCGUCCGAAGGAACUUCGUUGGAAUUAAAUGAUACGACUGAGACUAUACUAAUGACACUGUCAACCUCACUACCAAACCAAAUUAACGAAGAAAACAAUAUUCCAACGAGCACACACAGGCCCGAUUUGACCGGCUUUGAAGCUUUCCAUAAUUCUACACAGCAUACCACAAGCUCCAUUUCAAAAUCUAAUGUUGGAACUGAAGUUACAUCACAAACUGAACUAAGCUCCUUGCCAAUUGAAACAAGUGAUCAGAAUCCGCACGAUUCCUCAGAAAAUAUCACCAAGGAUAAAGCUCCGAUUCCUACUAUUGACCCACUGGCCUUAGAUCUUGAAACUACUAAAAUUUUGUCAACUGAUUCUGAUGUUUUCACAGUGCCUAAAUUAGUACCAUCCGAUGGUUUUAAUGAUUCUUUCGACAAUAUAGAAACAACAGAGUUUGUUCUGCCAUCUUUUGGUUCACAAGAAAUUACAACAGAUGGUGUCGAAUUAAUUAAAAUUUCUUCAGACACCGAUCGUAACUCGGCAAUCGUUGAUCAAUCACAUAAAGGAAACAAUGUUUUGGCAGAUUUGAUUAACAUAGUCGGUGAUGUCGCUUUGAUUGGUGAUCACACUGAUGGAUCUGAUGGCGAACAUCAUACUGUGAGCCCUAGCACAAUUUCUGAUUCAGAAGAAUUAAUUCCAGUUAAUGCCGGUUAUAAAAGCAAAAAUAAGAAUUGGAAUUUAAACUCUAUUACUGAAGUGCCAUUAAAAACUAAAUCACCUGCUACUAAACAUAAGAAUGUUGAGAUUGAAGAUGAUGAGACCGACUCAAUAACUGACUCACCACCUCCGAAUGACAAAGUAGAACCAACAACAAGGCGUCCUAUUAUAGACAACGUAUCAGAUGACAAACCUGAGAAUAAAACUCAGAACAAAGAUAUCGAAAUUAUAACGAAAUCUUAUGUACCUACAAUAAAUAAACGGCCAACUAAAGUAAUAAUGAAAAAAAGUAACGAAAAACAUAUUGUGGAUGAAAUAACCACAGAUGGAUUUGCAAAUUCUUCGGAAAUGUCAACAGAAAAACUAAGAAAUUCAGAUGAAACUACAGUUGCAUCAGACCUCAGCAUUACCACUAUAGACGCCGGAGAAAGCUUAGUGGAAAAAUCCACUGAUGCUUCCAGCUCAGCGCAGUGA